CCAGCGAACCGCCUGAAACAUCCCGAGCUCAGACCCGAUCAGCUGCUGCAGGACAUGGCGAUGCUGCAGCUCCUCGUCUCUCUGGCUCUGCUCGGCCUGACCUGCUGCCAGCAGCCUGACGAGCCCUUCACCUACUCGUGCACCGACGGCUACGAGUUCAGCGCCGAGGAGCAGGAAUGCAAAGACAUCAACGAGUGCGUCACCGUGCCGGACGCCUGCAAAGGAGGCAUGAGGUGCAUCAACCACUUCGGCGGCUACUUCUGCCUGCCGCAGAACGCCCAGAUCAUCGUGAACGACGGGGCGGAGCCCACGGCGCCCCCUGUGGUGGAGCAGCGUCCCGUCGCCCGCCCGCCGCCGCCGCCGCUGCCCGCCGUGCCGAGCCGCCGCGCCGUGCAGACGGGCGGCGGGCUGGGCGUGCAGUGUGUGGUCGGGUUCACGCCUGACGAAUUCAACCACUGCAGAGAUAUAAACGAGUGUGAAUCCAGUAAUCCCUGUCAGCAUCAGUGCUACAACAUCUUGGGUUCCUUCAUCUGUCAGUGUGAACAGGGCUACCAGCUGGCUGCAGACCAGCUGUCCUGCCAAGAUGUGGACGAGUGCUCCUUCUCCAGCUACAUGUGUCAGUGGCAGUGUGUCAACCAGCCCGGCGGCUACGAGUGUGUGUGUCCGGACGGAUACCAGCUGCAGGGAACACGCAUGUGUCAAGACAUUAACGAGUGUGAGACGGGACAUAACUGCCGCGAGGACGAGACCUGCUGGAACUACUUUGGCGGCUUCCGCUGCUAUCCCAGAAACCCUUGCCACGAGCCGUACGUCCAGACCGGAGAGGGGCGCUGCAGCUGCCAGGCGGUGAGCGCGUGCCGCGGCCUGCCGCCCUCCAUUGUCUACAAAUACAUGAGCAUCACGUCGGAGCGCUCCGUCCCCGCUGACGUCUUCCAGAUCCAGGCCACCAGCGUCUUCCCCAACAUGCACAACACCUUCAGGAUCAAGGCCGGCAACGAGGGGGGGCAGUUCUUCCUGCGGCGCUCCAGUAACGUGAGUGCGAUGCUGGUGAUGGCGCGGGCGCUGGGAGGGCCGCGGGAGCACGUGCUGGACCUGGAGAUGGUGACGCAGAACGCCGCACUCAGCUACCGCUCCAGCUCGCUGCUGCGCCUCACCAUCAUCGUGGGACCGUACGCUUUCUAGAGCCACCGCCGCCGCCACCGCCACCAUCAUC